GAAAUGUUCUAGAAUGUUUCUUCUAACCGUUGUCACAGCAAAUACUGAGUUCUCAAAGGCUGGGGGGUGGGGGUGGGGAGAAUAAGAGAAAGGAACUGUCUAAAUUUCUGGAAAAGAUAAGAAGAGCUACAUCAGCCAGGGAGCAGUAGGGAUCUUGACAGCACAAUUAUGGUAUGAAUAAUAGAAGGCUUUAACAGGUCAGAGGUGUUUGUGUCAAAGAAAUACAUGCUGAGAUUCUAAAUUGAUCCUGAAAAUGAGUAAUUAUUCUGAGGUUAAAGUAAAAAUACCUUUUGGAAAUAAGACCCUGGAUGCUGUUUGUUCUGUCCCUGAUAAGAUAUUAACUGACCAAGUGUUAAUAUAUGCAGUGAUUCUUACUCAUGGAGCUGCAGGAGAUAUGAAUUUUCCUCAAUUGAAAUCACUGGCAAGCCAUCUUGCGACUCAUGGCAUCUUGUGCCUGAGAUUUACUUGCAAAGGCCUCAAUAUUACACACAGGAUAAAGGCAUAUAAAGCUGUUUUGGAAUACCUGAAGACUUCAGAUGAAUACAGACUUGCAGGUAUUUUCCUUGGAGGUCGUUCAAUGGGUUCUAGAGCUGCCGCUUCUGUGAUGUGUCAGAUUGAACCAGAAGAUGUCGACGACUUUAUCCGAGGUCUCAUUUGCUUUUCUUAUCCCCUACACCGUCCAAAGCAGCAGCAUAAGCUCAGGAAUGAAAAUUUGCUGCUUAUCAAAGGCCCCGUGCUCUUUGUCUCAGGCUCAGCAGAUGAGAUGUGUGAAAAGAAAUUGCUGGAGAAAGUAGUAAAGACAAUGAAAGCCCCUACUAAGAUCCACUGGGUUAAAAAAGCCAGUCAUUCCAUGACCGUGAAAGGACGAUCUGCAGAUGAUGUUUUGAAGGAAAUCAACACACGUGUUCUUUCUUGGAUCCAAGAAAUCAUUGAGCUGGACAAGAAAUAAUUCAUUGAUUAAAAGCCAUGUGUCAUUUGGAA